CAAAACAGAUCACCUUUGCACCUGCCAGACGGCUGCUGAUUCGGUGAUUCAUUCUCCGGCGACUUCUUCUACGUCCGGAUACUGCAGUGCUGCCGUUCCUCCUUCUUGGGAUACCGUUCUCUUAAGACCAGGAUAUUGAAAAAGAGUUGGUGUUAGAAAUUGAUUAAUCAUCAUGGCGGACUUGGAUGAGAUGCUUCUUGAAGCAGCAGGAAGAACUGGAAGAAACCAGCAUUCGCCACCGCCAUCAAGGAGGCGACGAAAGGGUUCAUAUUCUGAUGAUGGAAGUGAUUCAAGAGAUGAUGACUCAGAUGAUGAUCAUGGGUAUGCUAGCAGAAAGCCUUCUGGUUCUCAGGUUCCUUUGAAGAAAAGAUUGGAUCCUGCAGAACGAGAUGAUGAACAUAGCAGCAGCCGUGAAGAUGAUGAAGAUGAUGAUGAUACGUAUGAUCGUGAGGGUGACAGUGAUGAUGACUCUGUAGGAAGUGAUCUUUACAAAGGUGAAGAAGACAGACAAAGGCUUGCAAAAAUGUCGGAGCUUGAUAGAGAAAUGAUACUGGCUGAGCGUGCAACCAAGAAAAAUGAUAAAGACUUGAAAAACAGCAUAAAGAAGCAGAAAGAAAAGUCGACUCAGUCGAGAAAAGACAGCCCCCCACCUCACACAGUAAACCGAGCAGUACGCUCUUCUGCUCGGUCUACUGACCGUGCAACUGCAAUAGAUGUUGCAUUGAAUGAAUUACGUGCCAGGAAAAGAUUACGUCAGCAAGAUCCCGAGUCUCAUCGGAAACGUAGAGAUGCAGACACCGGGGUCAAACGGAAGGGAUUCACACCUGCUGCUUUAAGCACCUCGAGUCAUAGCGAUAGUGGGUCCCACAGUGAAGACGAGGAGUCAACGGGCGGAAUGGGUGAAAGUGAUGACGAAAAAGUGUCAAGGGAGUCCACAAUUCUCAUGUAUGAAGAUGUGAAGGGAAUCACCAUCAGAAGAUCAAAACUGGCAAAAUGGUUUAUGGAGCCUUUCUUUGAGGAGUUGAUUGUUGGUUGUUUUGUGAGGGUUGGCAUCGGAAAAUCAAAAUCCGGGCCGAUUUAUCGGCUCUGCAUAGUCAGAAAUGUGGAUGCAGCCGACCCGGAUAGACAAUACAAGUUGGAAAACAAGAUGACUCAUAAGUAUCUGAAUGUCGUUUGGGGAAAUGAAAAUUCGGCUGCAAGGUGGCAGAUGGCCAUGAUUUCGGAUUCCCCGCCUCUUAAAGAAGAGUUUGACCAAUUAAUUCGAGAGGUGGAACGCCAUGGUGGAAGGAUGCCGAGCAAGCAAGAAGUGUUGGAAAAGCGAGAAGCCAUAGAAAAGACCAACUCGUUUGUAUACUCUGCGGAGACUGUGAAGCAAAUGUUACAGGAGAAAAAAUCGACUAUAAGAAGACCUUUAAAUGUUGCAGCUGAGAAAGAUCGGUUGAGGCGCGAGAUGGAAGUUGCUCAAAUGAAGCAUGAUGAAACAGAAGUGGAAAAGAUUAAAGCAAAACUCCAUGAACUAGAGGCGUCUCGCCAGACUCAGCAGAAAGAUAAGAAGGCUAUACGACUUGCGGAAAUGAAUAGAAAGAAUCGGGUCGAGAAUUUCAAGAAUGCAUCCGAAAUGAAACCCGUGAGUGUAGGUCUGAAGGCUGGUGAAGCGGGUUAUGAUCCGUUUUCAAGGAGAUGGACUCGGUCGAGGAAUUACUAUGUCUCAAAGCCUGGAGAGGCUGCAGCUGAAGCCAAUGGAGGGGAUGCCCAAACGGCAGCCAUAGUGGGUCCCGAUGGCAGCAAGGCAGGCAUUGUGGCUACUGUGGCGGCACUGGAGGCGGCUGCGGAUGCGGGGAAGUUGGUGGAUACUAGCGCACCAGUGGAUAAAGGGACCGAGUCAAACAUCGUGCAUGAUUUCGACCUGCCGAUUUCAUUGGCUUCGCUUCAGAAGUUUGGUGGGCCCCAUGGAGUCCAGGCCGGCUUCAUGGCACGGAAACAGAGGAUAGAAGCAACGGUUGGGUGUCAGGUCCCUGAGAAUGAUGGGAGAAGGCAUGCGUUGACCCUGUCGGUAAGCGACUACAAGAGACGGAGAGGUCUGCUUUAAGACGUGAUACCAGAAGACGGUGGUUCGAUAGGAAUGGUCUAUGUUGAAAUUAGGUAUGCAGCUAACACUUUAAGCUACCUUUUUCAUCAAUAUUUACGUGUUUUUUUGUUGGUAAUUAAACGGUGGAUUCGAACUUGAGUUAUGUUAACGUAGUGUUAUGUCUUUUUUGAUUAUGGGACUUAUAUUUGACACUA